AUGACUGCCAAAGACAGGCCAGUUGUCCUGAGUCACUUUGCCAAAUCCGUCUUCUUGACCUCAGGUCAACCAGGUCACAUCGUCUGUUGCCUAUCUGGCUUCCCUGAGGUCUCCGAAGUGAUGUGGCAUCAACGUGUCCUGGCGAAUGCUGUAAAGGCUCCUGAACCGGAUGAAAAUAGUACAAUACACACCAAUCUCAUCUCAGGUCAACCCUUUCCAUCACAGUUUGGCAGUGGACCAGAUCAGCAUAUUCGAGAUUUCCAACAGCUUCUCAUGGUACGGGGAUGGGUCAAAAAGCCGUCAGACACAGAUGCCAUAACUUCAAGUGGAGCAACGACUUACAAGUUCUCACAUUUUCAACAACAACAACAACAACAAGACGCACGAGUUGCCAUUGAGGUGGCAAUUGUCAAUGAAAAAAUCUUGGCUUCAGCAAGCUCUCAGUGGGGCACGCCGGACACGGACGUGAUGUGCUACAAGAAAUUGAUCUCAUUUGUGAUACCGGAGUUAGCUGGAGCCUACACUUGUCAAGGGAAAAAUGAUCUCGGCUGGGGCCAACGAUCAACACCUUUUGAUGUUUUCGUUCAAGGUGAGUAG